AUGCAGCAGGUCUCAAAUACAUCAAACGGACUGCCAUUGUCGCUCAUCAUAGAAAGAACUUCAACUACAAUCGCGACAACAACCACCUCAGUAUCGAAUGAAGAUAGAUUAUCACCUGCUCCGAUAUUGAAUACAUCAGCUCUGCCUUCCUCGUCUACCACACAACGUCAUGGAGCCAAACCAUCAACAGCAGCAACACACAUCUCGCUUCCGGAGAUACCUUCAGCACAUCAGCAACAACAGACCAAAAUAAGAACUCGACGAAGGUGUUGUCUAGUACCUCCAAUAUUCACAUACCUCUGGAAUUGGCUACCGUCUCGAACUGAAGAAGAACGUAUCAGAAUUCGGAUAGAUCGUCGUGCAUCAGGAAGGACGAUAGUCAGGACACGAUUACUCAACAAGCAGAACGCUACAGAGGAUGAUGAUACUGUAGAAUGGGACGAUGAAGUAUCCUUCUUUGAGAAUGAAGACAAGCCUCCAAUACCUGUUCGUCAAUCUCGUGAAAUGACUGCUGAAGAAGAAGCUGCUCAGGUCUUUGACGUGUUUGAGAAGGCUUGUAAACAGGUGCCAGUGUCUAUAUCUUCGACAUACAGGUUUCGUGGAUUGCUCGGUUGGGGAGGCAACGCAUUCGUAGCAGAAGCUCAAGAUAUCAACACAUCAGAAUACGUUGCCAUCAAAUUCAUCCAAAAAUCACGAUUGGAUGAAAUGUCCUUGUUGGAAGGUGUACCGCUGGAAGCUGUAGUCUUGCGUGCUAUACAACACCCCAAUAUCGUCGCCUUCAGAGCAAUCUACUCGGACGAUACGUAUUACUAUUUGAUCAUAAACAGAUCAGAGCCCCUUACUUGGAGAUUAGGUCAAUCAACAAGUGAGGAUGUAUCACCAACCGAAAUGCUUUCUUUACAACCGAAAUCCAUAAAACGAUAUACCGCGACACCACGAGAUUCGAUAGUAAAUGAGGCCGCUACCAAGAUCAAGCGAAGGUCUGCUUAUGGGUCUGCUCAACGAGCAUCAAUUAUUUUACGACAGUCGCCACCUCGAUCUUCUGUAAUGUCAGAUACGGUGACCCCACCUAGAGGAUCUCUAUCCCUAGAAAUAGCACCAGUAAUACCACAACCAACACCAGCAAUAGUAUCACAACCAACAGCAGCAAUAGUGUCGAUACCACCAAUAGCAGCUGUAUCAACACCACCAGCAGCAGCAAUAGAAUCAACAUCGUCACCUCUAGGCCGACCACGCCAUUCACAUCAAGGCGACCUAAUAGACUUCCUCACGAUGUUUGGAAAGACUCCUCCCAGAGUUAUCCGUCAUCUAGUUUUGCAACUCGUAUCAGCAUACCAAGCCCUCCUCAACGCCGGAUAUGUAUAUCUAGAUUUCAGACCAGAAAAUGUCUUGAUUUCCGAUUCUCUUCACCUUAUACUGGUCGAUUUUGGAAUGUCGCAACCAAUAUUGACGAACAAUGAUGACCUCUUCUCGCAAUACGGGACUGUAGAAGCUUCAGCACCUGAAAUAUUGGCUGGAAAGGGGUAUCGAGGUUCGGAAGCAGAUAUAUGGGCUAUGGGGUUGGUUGUGUAUCUGAUUUGUUCAGGUGGCGAGAGUGCUUUUGGAAGUAGAGGGUAUCGGGCUGGGACGAAUAUUGAGUUUCCUGUUGAUAUGGAGCAAGAGUACAGAGAUCUCCUUUCAAACAUGCUAGAAGUUGAUCCGGUCAAAAGAUUUAAUAUCUCAGCAGUCGCUUACAGUGUCAAGAGCUGGAGUGUUUGUUGA